AAAAAAAUGACGCGUUCCAAUCAGUGGAAUCCAUCACACGACGCUUGACGUGUGGACACAUGACGCUGCUGCUGACUGACGGCCGGCAGGAGGUAGAGGGGGUGAGGGCGCCGCAUGGUGUCACUGUCUUCCAGGUGGAGGGUCACCACCUGGCUGGCAACGCCACACCGCCUCAGCUGGAGACGACGGUUGAGGAAGUUCGGCAGCUGGGAGCGGCGUGGCACUGCCUGGUGGUGGUGGUGGUGAGUGAUGACCCAGCCUUCCUCGCCACUUUCGCCCACCUGUCACUCAGGCGUCACGCCCUCAGGUGGUCCACGAGAAUCCUUGUCCUCACACGCCUCCCUCUCAGCCAUCUUGGCGGCUUGCACGACCUUCUCUCCAACAGGAACGCCAUGCUGCUGCAAGUGCAGGAGGGCGAGGAAGCUACCAGGUGACAAAGCUCUCUCCGCCAGCGGCCAACACCAAACUGGUGCUGUACGGUGAAAAUGUUGGUGUUGGCUGCCAUUAUAUCUCGUCGUAAUGAGUGAAAUAAAGGCUUGCUGCAAAGCCUUUAACCGUUUUCAUUCCAUCACAACAAACAUGAGUGUUUCCUUAACACAGAUCUGUCAGUCAGGUGGGCGUUUUGGUGUGGCAGCCGUACAGCGCCCCCAGCAGCACGUCCCUUAGGGUGGCCACCUGGAUGCCCCGCAGGAAACUGACUCUUACAUCAGGAGAAUCACUUUUUCCGAACAAGUUUUAUGUGUGUGUAUAAAACUUCCACUAUAAAUCAAUAAGAGUGCGAAAACAAUAUAGGAAAAUAAAGAAACAAAGAAGAAAUAGAUCCACUGAUGGAAUGUGAUGAAGAGCCAGUUAGUUCUGGGAAAAGAUGGGUACAAAUAAAACUCUGGUUAUGAGCUCAGAGAACGAGAAUGAUUUGGGAGAUGUAGUUAGCUCUGGUCUGCGUCUAAGAAAACCCUGCACAGAGGACAAAAAUAAACCAAAUCGGGUAUUAAAAUGAAUUUUUAUAAGUGUUAAAAACAGAAGUCCUGAUGUAAUAAAUUUACGUUUGACACUGCUUAGACGUCAU